GCGUCGCAUGGUAUACCCAUUACCUAGCAGAGUUUGGCCAAACAAACAUAUAAUUCAAAGACGAUAAUAAAAAUUAAAAUAGAAAAAGACCAGCAGGUCAAUGCGGCUAAGGCUGGUCAAUGUCGCUAAAUUCAAACAAAGCACCUCGGCUUUCCCCGGCAGCCAAGUCAGUUCAAUCAUAUCCUCGUCCUCAGCAAACGGCCCUUCAUUCAGGGCCAAAUAGCAAUUGCAAUAUGAAUGCCGAAUUGCCGGCUUAUCUUCUUGAGAGAAAGCUGUGGAACUUGAAGAAGCUUGUCGAAGAUGAGAAGAGUGCAUGCCGGUCGCUGAUAGACCGCAUCUCACAAGCCGUCAACAUCCUGGAGCAGAUCCGUAACUGUGCGAGGAUCGCUAACCCUUGCCGAUCAAGCAACUUGCUCCCAGAGAACGUGGAUGAGAUUUUGGCUACAAUACGCUCAUUGGACGAUGCAACCGAUAAGUUCCUGCUGGGCAGAGCAAAAGAAUGCAACGGGCAUUAUCUGGUGGCUUGCUGGAGCAACAAUUGCUUGGCCCGCCGGUUGGGAUGGUUCAAGAAGGACAAUUGAGCAGAUAUUUCCAGCUGCCACCAUGGGUGCCCAGUGGAAUAGUCCCCCUCUGCCCUUGCCUGACAGGCAACCCCCAGAUGACUUGACAAACAUCCGUCGACAUUGCAGCUAUAACUGUGAUAAUGGCAACAAUCUGAUGCCCACCCAAGAUGAGGCUCGCCAAGGUAUGUUCAAUCGGUUGGUCUACUCAAAGGAAAGCCGUGUCCUUAUCCUAUAUGGCAGGAGAGGCGCAGGCAAGACAACACUGAUGAGGUAUCUCUAUGACCGAGGAGACAUUAUCAAAGAUUACCCGUGCCGUGCUUGGGUUUCUAUACACGAAAACCUCAGGUACAAGGACAUUUUACUCGAAAUGAUAGGGCAGGUUGGCAAAAGCGGGACAGUAAUAGACCAUAUGAAAGAGGAAGAUAAGCUUGUUGUAGACCUUUUCAAAUUGUUAAGCAGGUUUAACCGUUACCUGAUAGUCUUGGAUAAUUGCACUCCCAAGAUUUGGCCCAAGCUGAUGGAAUGCUUGCCGAACAAGGGCGACGGAAGCAGAGUCGUCAUCACCACCUCCGAGCCAAUACUCGGGUUUAUGCAGAACCAGGGCAACAUAAAACAGCGGGAGCCCACUUUCAUGUCAGUCAUAACGAUAGAUGAAUUGAAGGCUCGUGAAAAGUGGAAAUUUCUACUCGAUCUGGUCAGGGAGAAGUCGUUAAAUCAAUAUGACCAAGAACUGGAGGCCUGCAUACAAGAGAGCUCACCACGGGCAUCAGUUUUUCUGGCCGGAGCACUGAAUACUCAAUGGCAGGACAAUGUUCAGCACUCUGUCGAAUCAAUUAAAGCUCGUGUGGAAGGAGCUUCCGACCGAAACCUGUCCCUAGAGGUGACCCUGAAAUGGAGCUACCAUAGCCUGCAUCCUCUGGUCAAGGCCUCUUUCCUUUUCUUGAGCAUCUUCCCCGAGGGAAGUGAGGUCCCAUUGCGCAGAGUGCAUUACCUGUGGCUUUCGGAAGGUUUCCUAGACAACGAUGAAACGAACAGAGAAUUGGCUCCACACCCGAUGUCACCCAGACAGUUGGCCAGGGUGCUGUUUGGAAUCUUAGUCAACAGAAAGUUGGUUGAGGUAACAAAGUGGAAGUUAGACGGGAGCCCAAAAAUGUGCCGAAUUCCAAUCUCCGUGCACGAUUUUGCCUCUGAAACAUUGAAGAGCACGAGCCUUUUCAAUGUCUAUAACCAUUCAGUGAACGGGGCGCCUUUGGAAGAGGGCUCCUGUGUCAGGAGGAUGGUCAGCCACCAGGAGAGUGAAAUCCCGAGGAUGUCCAUGCAUCAUCAUCUCCGUGCAUAUGUGUCCUUCCACAAGAAAGCCGGAGGGAAACUAAAUGAAGAGAUCAAUCUCCACUUGAAGACACUGACGGCGAAAUGGAGCUUGCUGUUGUUGAAGCUGCUCGAUCUGGAGAGCGUCUACAAGCCAAAGUUGCCCGACUCCAUUGGGAAAAUGCUUUAUUUAAGGUUCCUGGGGUUAAGAUCAACUCUACUCGAUUCUAUCCCAACUUCUAUCAGUAAGCUGCAGUGCUUGGAGACCUUGGACCUGAAACACACAAACGUAACCAAUCUACCCAGUUCCCUCGUCAAGUCCAAGCAGCUCCGACAUCUUCACGCGAAAGAGGUACCGCUAGAUGCCUUCAUACCAGGGCUUUGUCAAUACCAUUGCCUUCCAUGCGCUUGUGUUAACUGGCAGCAGUCUUCUUCAAACCUCGAGACCUUGACGGGCCUGUACAUAGGCAGCAGCAAUGUAGAUGUAACCAGCAGCCAUCUGUUGAGUAACCUACAGGAACUGGAGGUUACUUGCAAUAUACAGAAAACCACAGUCAUUGAGCAACUCAUCUCGGAAAUGGUUUUCCUCCGGUCCUUGAAGUUGAACUCUACUGACACUGCCCAUCAAUACUCUUUCAACUUAUCGGGCCACAGGAAUCUAGAGAAGAUAUACUUGCGCUGCAAGUUAGAACGUGAAGGCAAUCAGCAGGAACGGCCCCCUACUCGUGAGGGUGAUCGUCCACCUCACCCACUUGAAGGUCGAUUUCCUUUGGGGCUCAGGGAACUUACCUUGUCGAUGUCUGCACUGGAAGAGGAUCCCAUGCCAAUUCUCGGUGAGCUGGAUUGCCUCGUUGUCCUCAAACUCUUUGCUAAAUCCUACAUGGGAACGGAAAUGAAAUGCAAGGGAUUCCCUAGACUCCGCGUUUUGAAAGUGUGGAAGCUCCCUCAACUUGAUCUGUUGACGAUAGAGCCAAGGAGCAUGCCCUGCCUCGAAGAAAUGGAGAUCAGAAGAUGUCACAAAAUGCAAAAGUUAGUCGGAUCGGAGAAUCUCCAAAGCACCAUCAAUGUGCUUGUAUUAUGCGACAUGCCCAAAAAGUUCCGGGAGGAAGUCGAGAAACAGGAAAUAAUUCAGAAAACAACCAUAAAACAAACCUCCGAAGAGUGUGAUAACGAGGAAGAACCUGCACCAGCUCAUCCUGCAGGUCAAGCGUAGCUGUAGAACUGCAGAUAUAUCGAGCGGUGUGUUACUCAGCAUCAUCUGUUGAAUUUUAACAUCACGAUCCACCACAAAUCAAAUGAACAAUUUGGAUUUGUGGGCGUACCGUGGUCUACUGAAGCUCGAAUUGAUACUUAAAAGCAUGGGAGUGCUACUGCCGACUGAAUCUUUACUCAGCAUGGAUCAAUCGAGGAGUUCUUUCCCUUUCUCAUUUGUGCUGUUCAUCUUUCAGUUCAAAGAGUUUUUUCUCUGUUUUUCCUUCUUUUGUUUAAUAUGUGCACUGCCACUGUUAAUAUCGCUUGAGCAUCGCUUGGUCCUGGUGAGGGCUGAGAAGGUGUUUUCAAUGAGUUAGGAGUCCGUGCACUGUAAUGUUGUACGUUGUUCUGUCUUAUGUAUUCAUGGAGUAGAAAACCAUGGAAACUAGCCGGGUUAAACCAUGUUUAAU